UGAGAAUAUGAGCAAAGAAACAACCAUACUCGAACCUCUCGGACCAAAUCCAACUAAAUCAAAACCCUCAUUAAUUAUCUCUAUACGAUGGGCGUGCUAGCUCUCAUUGUCAUCAACAAGGCCGGCGGUCUCAUCUAUAACCGUACCUUUGGGGACGGCCUGAACCAGCUGAGUACAAAUGACUACCUCGUACUUGCUGGUACUUUCCACGGAGUCCACGCCAUCACGGCUCGUCUCAACCCGCUGAAGGGGCGUAUACACGCCCAACACCAGCAGCAAGCGGCACUCACCGCGGGCGGCGUGCCGAUACCAAGCCGGCCGGAUCCGCCCUCGGGUCUCGAGGUCAUGGAGACGGAGAACUUCCGGCUGCAGUGCUUCAACACCCUGACAGGCACCAAGUUUCUCUUGUUCACGGACACGAUGCAGACCAACGUGGACAUCACCAUCCGCAAGAUCUACGACUUGUACUCCGACUACGUCAUGAAGAACCCCUUCUACCAGCUGGAAAUGCCUAUCCGCUGCGAAACCUUCGACAGGAAGCUAAACUCGUAUAUCAGGGAGAUUAACAACUCGCGGUGAUACAGAGGCUCUAGGUACUAGUAGUUAGGUACAUAUUGCGCAUUUCUAUUACGGGCUCACCUUUAGGCAUAGGGGGAAGGGAUCUGGCGACUUUGACGGGGCGG